AUGAGCCACCACAUCUACCUGGCCUUUGUGUGUCUGAGUCUCCUCACUCAAAGGACAUGCAUCCAGGGAAACCAGUUCAAUGUGGAGGUCAGCAGAAGCGACAAGCUUUCCUUGCCUGGCUUUGAGAACCUCACUGCAGGAUAUAACAAAUUUCUCAGGCCCAAUUUUGGUGGUGACCCAGUUCGGAUAGCACUGACUCUGGACAUCGCAAGCAUCUCUAGCAUUUCAGAGAGUAACAUGGUAAUUGUUGCCCAGUGGCAGUCUACCAUCGGCCCUCUCCUUGCUUUCAAUCAUGAUUUCCUUUCAAAUUACUCAGAAACAGAAUGGCAGAUGCCGGAGCUCUGUCUCAUAAAAGGAGACACCAAUGGCACGGUCCUGUACGCACUCAGAAUCACAACAACUGUUACAUGUAACAUGGACCUAUCUAAAUACCCUAUGGACACACAGACCUGCAAGUUGCAGCUAGAGAGCUGGGGAUACGAUGGCAAUGAUGUGGAGUUCACCUGGCUGAGAGGGAAUGAUUCUGUACGUGGGCUUGAAAGCUUGCGCCUUGCUCAAUACACCAUCCAACAGUAUUUCACCUUGGUCACUGUAUCCCAGCAGGAGACAGGAAACUAUACUCGAUUGGUUUUGCAAUUUGAGCUUCGGAGGAACGUUCUAUAUUUCAUUCUGGAAACCUAUGUUCCUUCCACUUUCCUGGUGGUGUUAUCCUGGGUUUCAUUUUGGAUCUCCCUCGAUUCAGUUCCUGCGAGAACCUGCAUUGGAGUCACAACUGUGUUAUCCAUGACCACACUGAUGAUCGGCUCCCGCACAUCCUUACCCAACACCAACUGCUUCAUAAAGGCCAUCGAUGUGUACCUGGGGAUCUGCUUUAGCUUCGUGUUUGGGGCCUUACUGGAGUAUGCCGUUGCUCACUACAGCUCCUUACAGCAGAUGGCAGUCAAAGAUAGGGGGACAGUGAAGGAAUCAGAAGAUGUCAAUAUUACCAACAUCAUCAACAGCUCCAUCUCCAGCUUCAAACGAAAGAUCAGCUUUGCCAGCAUUGAAAUUUCUGGUGACAAUGUCAACUACAGUGACUUGACAAUGAAAGCCAGUGACAAGUUCAAGUUUGUCUUCCGAGAAAAGAUAGGCAGAAUUGUUGAUUAUUUCACAAUACAAAAUCCCAGCAAUGUGGAUCGAUAUUCCAAACUACUAUUUCCUUUGAUUUUUAUGUUAGCCAAUGUAUUUUACUGGGCAUACUACAUGUAUUUUUGAGAUGACAUUGAAGUUUUGCAUGCCAUAUCUUUAAUAGAAUGACAUUAUAGUGUUAAAGAUAUUCUAGGACAUGUGUAAGCCCGUUAGCCCAGAAAGCUACAAAUGGGCUAAAAUAAUGAUUAUUCUAAGAUGUGUAGAAGUCCUAGCAUGGCAGGGUUCUAUAAUGGAAUCACUAUAAAGUGACCUUUUUCUUCUUCAGCUUUGGACAGACAUCCACGGAACUCAAGAUUACAAACCUACUCAGGGCUCUUUGCUCUCUGUGUCCCUGGUUUGCAUUUACUGCAUAAAAAUGUGUAUUAAGGGGGUUAUUUUCUAAAGAAUUCAUAGUGGCAUUUACUAAAUCUCUGCAAUGCUUAAAAGAUGAAUGCUUGCCAAUUUAAGGAACAACGUUUUCUAAUUUUUGUUUUUCCUUGAAAUGAAAUGUGGAUUCAUGCCAAUUCACUGGUGGUCACCAUACUGCAUCAAGUCAAUACCAGAUGAGUUCUCUGUAUUACUUAAUACCACAGGAGAAUUGUCCCCAAAUUCCAGUAAAUCCUAUUAUUGAGAAAGCAAAUGUUAAUGAAUAAAAUUACUGGAUCAAUAAACUAAAACAUAAAUCCUUUAAUGUGGUUCCCCAAGCUUGAGGAACUCCUGGGAUUUACACCAUUGUUACACAUAUCAUAUUAUUUUAUUGUUAUACACUCUUAGUCCUAAAAUGUAUAAAAGCUGUUUUCCCACACCAGGGAAACAGGAGGAGGUUUUGGAACUUAUUUUAGGAUUCUUAAUACAGAACACUGCCAUGAAGACUUGCUGGGUCAAGUCUAUUAUCUAGCCACCUUUACUCACAGACUGGCUAGGUUCCAAGUAGACCAGAGAGCGCUCUGUCAACCUGUCAUUUAUGUUGAUCUCACAUUGGGGAACAUUUUGCCAGUGGCAGAUCCCCCUGUAUCCUUCCAGGAGGAGCUUUCAUCCCUGUGCUCCAGUGACCAGGCAGAAGUGAUACCUUAAAUAAGGAGCCAUAUGACCCAGAUACAAGUAGCUUGUCUCGUAUAGAUUCUUUCCCCCAAUCCUCAUUACUGGACUAUGUUUUUUCUUUGACCAUAUAUCUUUACUUCCAAGUGUUCAAUGCAAAGAGUCCUUGGUCUGGUUUGAGGCCUCUGGUUUCUGCCACACUAUUGAUGCUGGGCCCUCAACAA